CCCUUUCAUUUGCAAUUUUAUUCAAUCUUCAAACCCACCUUCCCUCAUUAUAUUUCUUCUUCAACUCCUUUGCUCAAUAAUUGUUCUUCAUCAUUUUCCUUGAAAAACCCACCUAAUUUCCUCUUAUUUUUCUACCUUAAUUCUUCAUUAGUUUUCAUAUAAUAUCCUCUGUUUUCCCAGGUUUUGAUAUAUUUCUAAGUUUGCUGCUUUAAUGGCUCAGUCUAAAGUACCCAAGUUUGGUGCGUGGGAAGGUGGAGAAAACUACACAGUUUUCUUCGACAAUGCACGAAAGAAGAAGACUAAUGGACAGAUGAUAAACCCGAAUGACCCUCAAGACAUGGCUGAUAUGUUUCCACAAAUCGGAGGUCCACCACCUCAGGCUCCUAAAGCCGAACCCAAAGGACAACAAUCCAAAACCCCUGAAUUUGGUGCCUGGGACAAUGGAGAGAACGUUGGCUAUACCGAGUAUUUUGAAAGUAAAAGGAAAACCAAGAACGGUGAACCCACAGCGUCAACAAAUGAGCCACAGCUGAACCGAGACAUGCAUCCUCGUAAGGAUCCUCCAUCUAAACCAGAAGCAGCACGGGCAAAGGUGCCACCGUUUGGUGGUUGGGAGAAUGGAGGUGAAGGUGGUUAUACCCAAAGCUUUGAAAAUGUUAGGAAGAAUAAUAAUAAGAAUGGGCGUACUGUUACACCAGAACCUUCUUCUGACGCCCCUCAGUUGAACCGCGAUGUAGGUGAGCCAGCUCCAGCUAAAGAGGGCCGUGCUAAGGUGCCUGAGUUUGGUGGUUGGAAUGAGGGAGAAAAUGGCGCAUACACUGCUUAUUUUGAAAAUGCUCGGAAAAAUAAGAACGCAGGGCCUGUGCCAGACCCUGCUGAGGUCAACAAUAGAGCUCGGCCUUCUACUGGUGCUGGAACCAAAAAUAAGGCAGAUGAUCCUCAGUUGAGAAAUAAUACAAGUAGAGGGUCUAACUAUUCUGUGGCUACUUCUGAAGCUCCUUCCAGAAAUGGAAAGCAGAACACAGGGGGCCAAUCACCAAUCCAGCAGAAAGCAGGCAGGCUUCAGCAAAAACCCCCAGCUAGCCGAGGAAGUCAAACUCCAGAGAGAGGGACAGCUAUUCCAGCAUGGGGUGUCUGGAACACUGAUCCUCAGCAAGCUGAGGGUUUUACGGGUGCUUUCACAAGGGCUAAAGAGGAGAGGAACACGCCCCUUAACUCGAAUGCUCCACAACGCUAUCAACAACAACAUCAGAGAUCACAAGAGGAAAAGAAGGGAUGUUGCUUUGGUUGGUUUUGAUAAUGAUCUUCAUCUAGUUGUUUAUCCAAUAUAUACGAUGAAAGCCAAAGGCAUGGAUAGUCAAAUUAAAGAGCAAAAAAAGGAGGUUGAAGAACAAGAAUGAUGAUUUUCUGACUGUGGGUGUUACUGUGUGCUUUUUCAUUUCUUUUUGGGGGGGAGGGUUGGGUGGUUCAUUAGUUACUAUUUUUGAGGAUCCUAUAUAUGAUUAAGAUUCUUUGAAGUUGUUGGCAAAUGUUUUGAAGUAGACUAUGGACUUCCCUUUGUAACAAUCUUGUUAUACAUAAAUUUGAAGCAAAUUUCUUGAA